GGGCUGCCGGCUUAUUGUGGAGACUCGCCCCGUGGCGCUGCCACUUGGCUGAGGGCACUGCCGCCGGCCCCGCAGGGCCCCGCGCGAGGACCGGGGGCAAGGGGCGUGCUGGGCCGCGGCUCGGCCCCUCUCCUCAGCUUUCGCCGCGCCUCCCCUCCCCCACGCGCGGCGGCGGCGCGCCCCCGUCCCCGCGUGCACGCGCUCCGGGCGGCGGGCGGGCGGGCGGGCGCCCGGCGCUCGGGCGUGUGCGAGGCGUGAGGUGGAGAUGGGGGCGGAGGGAGCCGGAGCUGUCACAGGCCCCGGGUCCGCCUGACUGAGCCAAGUGGGGUGUCAUGGCCGCGGGGGGCAGCGGCAGCACUUCCUCUGCGGGCGGCGGCGGCGGCCGGGGAGUUAAUCCUCGACGCUCGGGUCCCGUUUCCCUCUGUGCGGCGGCCGGCGGGACCAUAAGGGCUUAACUCAUAUAUUUAACCCCCCUCCAAAAAGGUUUCGUUGGAAGGAAUUAUGCAAAUCCUGCUUUCUGGUGUCCAUUCAGCGGCAAUUUCAUGCGGAUUUGAAAGUAUUCUUGAAGGGCUGUUUGGACCUGCAUUAUUAAAAGAUCUCAGUUUAUUUAAAGACUGUGAACCUGAAAGCAUUUCUGAUUGGACUUUUGAUGAAAAUUGUCUGUUCUGUUGCUUGAGAAGAGAUAAAGUAAAGGGACACUUAGUCGGUCUGGAUGAACCAGCUUCGGGAGCUGGGCAAGAAGCUCUGCUUAAACAAGAGCAAGCAAAAAUCAUUCGAUUCGAGAGACAAGCAGAAGAGUUCCUCAAUGCAGUCUUUUAUAGAAAAGACAGUCCCUGGGUCUCCGACCCCAAUAUUCCCCUAGUGGCCCGUGAGAUCAUGCAGCGAAUGAUCCAACAAUUUGCUGCUGAAUAUACCUCAAAAAAUAGCUCUACUCAGGACCCCAGCCAGCCCAAUAGCACAAAGAACCAAAGCCUGCCGAAAGCAUCUCCAGUCACCACCUCUCCCACGGCUGCAACUGCUCAGAACCCUGUGCUCAGCAAACUUCUCAUGGCUGACCAAGACUCACCUCUGGACCUUACUGUCAGAAAGUCUCAGUCAGAACCUAGCGAACAAGACGGUGUACUUGAUCUGUCCACUAAGAAAAGUCCAUGUGCUGGCAGCACUUCCCUGAGCCAUUCUCCAGGCUGCUCCAGUACUCAAGGGAACGGUGAGAAUUCAUCCGAGGCAAUAGCAGUAGAUUCUAACAGUCAGUCGAAGUCCCCACUGGAGAAGUUUAUGGUCAAGCUGUGCACUCAUCAUCAGAAGCAGUUCAUUCGUGUACUGAACGAUCUGUACACUGAAUCUCAGCCAGGCACUGAGGACCUGCGAGCUUCUGAUUCUGGAGCAAUGGAUGCAUCCACUUGCAAUGCCAGCUGUGCCCAGCUAGGCACCAAACAUAAGGAAAAGGAUGCUCUGUGUCUCAAUAUGAAGUCUCCUACUUCUGCGGAUUUGUUUGUAGACUCAUCGGGUUCUCAUAGCCCUCUCCACUUGACAGAACAGGCCCUGAAGGAGCCUCUGCCUGAGACAAACUCUGUAGAUGGAAGAGAGAAUGCCUUGACUGUUGUCCAGAAAGAUUCCUCUGAACUUCCAACCACUAAACCUAAUUCUGGUAGUUCAGUGGAUAGUUCCACUCUGGGAUACCUCACUGCAUCUAAUUCUUCCUCAUUAAACUUCCACCACAUCUCUAAGAGCUUGGAGGGGCAAACCACUGGACAGGCGCAAGACACAAAUGUGAAAAUAUGUGAGGAUGGUAAAGACCAUAUGCAGAAUUCAGCUUUAGUAGAAAGUCUAAUUGCAGUAAAAGUGGCAGCUGAGAAUAGUGAGGAGAGCAACAGCUGUAUUGUUUCUCAAAGAAAUUCGUUCAAAGCUUUAUCAGAAGAGGCUUGGGACUCAGGGUUUAUGGGGAAUUCAUCUAGAACUGCUGACAAAGAGAAUGCUUUACAGUGUAGCUCAAAAACACCUUUGUGCCAGGAUUUAGAGGCAGGUGAACAAGAUUCAAGGCCAAAGCAGGAGAACCAUCUUCACUCACUAGGAAGAAAUAAGGUGGGUUACCAUUUACAUCCCAGUGAUAAGGGCCAGUUUGAUCAUUCCAAAGAUGGUUGGUUAGCCCCCAGCCCCAUGCCAGCUGUACACAAAGCAUCUAAUGGACAUUCACGAACCAAGAUGAUAUCAACCUCCAUUAAGACAGCUCGGAAAAGUAAAAGGGCAUCAGGGUUGAGGAUAAACGAUUAUGAUAACCAGUGUGAUGUUGUUUAUAUCAGUCAGCCAAUAACAGAAUGCCACUUUGAGAAUCAAAGAUCUGUAUUAUCCUCUCGGAAAACAGCCAGAAAGAGUACUCGAGGAUACUUUUUCAAUGGUGAUUGUUGUGAACUACCAACUGUUCGCACACUGGCCAGAAAUUUACACUCCCAAGAAAAAGCAAGCUGCUCAUCACUAGCAUCAGAGUCAGUGGUCACUCCCAAACAGACCCUUAUAAUUUCAGCCCCUAGACCGACAGUAGAUGUGCAGCAUCCCAGAGAAGACAACCCUGAAGAACCUAUUAAAGAAAUAACCUCCCUCAAAGAAGGAGACAGAGAUGUUUCUUCUGAAAAGGACUCACAAGAGUCUGAGGUUUGCCCCAUAACAAAUAAACUGAAUCCGAGCAGCUCCCCCAGGUCAAAGGACAUGUCAGCCUCCAGCCCAGGGACGCCUCUCCCUGCUCAUCCUCCUGAAGAGGACAUGCCAGAAGGCAGCUCCAUGGUCUCAGCUACCACAGCAGGUGGCAUACCUUCCCCCAAAGGAGACCAACAACCAGUUGAACUGCUGGAUGCAAAGGAGAUGAGUGUACCCCAAGACUGUCACCUGGUUCCCUCUACUGAGAGCGUUUCUGAGGGAGACAGUGAAGAUGUUGUUUCUAGGCCUUGUUCUUCUCCUGAAAUAGUCAGUAGAGAGGAAGGUCCUCUGUGUUCAGAAAAUCAAAGUCCCACAGUGGGCUCGGAGCCUCCCCUGAGCCUGGGAAAGGCUGAGGACAACCAAAGCAUCAGUACUGAGGCUGAGACUGAAGACACUCAGGAGCUAGACACUGACCCACUCUUGCAGGAAAGCAGCACUUUUACUAAUGAAAAUCCUGGUGAAACUGAGGAAGGUGAAGCAGCAGGUGGUACAGGAAAAUUAGAGGGAGAGGGCAGUAAUGUAAAACAUCCUUCAGAAAAAGAUAUGUGUGAUCAAAACCUUGACUUACCUGAAGAGAAUUUGGACAAGAAGAAGAAAGGUAAAAAAUUACCUGAGGCCUCUGAUAGGUGCCUAAGAAGUCAACUUUCAGAUUCUUCCUCUGCUGAUAGGUGCCUAAGAAAUCAAAGUUCAGAUUCUUCCUCUGCUUGUUCUGAGAUUAAGGUUUCUAAAAAUCCUGGUGCAAAACGUUCUAAAAAAGAAGGGCCCCCUGGUGGGACAACACCUGAGGCCUUUCUGACUGUUGGUUUCCGUACAAAAGCUCUGGAGGACACUGGAAACCCAAAUGUUGAUGAAAGUCCCUCUGAGAAAGACGCUGAGCAGCAGGAAGGUGAAGGAGGAGGUGGAAUCAUCACGCGGCAGACUUUUAAAAACAUGCUGGCAAAAGAAGUCAAAGGGGAAGAAGGAGAUAUUUUCCCCAGCAGUGAUCCCAUAACCACAGUUGGCCAGCCUCUGCCUGGAGAGAGACUAGAAACUUCCUCUACUUGUCCUGAGAUCAAAGUUUCUAAAAAUUCUGGUGCAAAACGUUCUAAAAAGGAAGGGUACCCUGGUGGGACAACACCUGAGGCCUUUCUGCCUGACAGUUUCCAUACAAAAACUCUGGAGGACACAGAAAACUCAAAUGUCAGUGAAAAUCCCUCUGAGAAAGAGACUGAGCAGGAGGGUGAAGGAGGUGGGAUCAUCACUAGGCAGACUUUUAAAAACAUGCUGGCAAAAGAAGUCAAGGGGGAAGAAGGAGAUAUUUUCCCCAGCAGUGAUCCCGUAACUACAGUUGACCAGCCCUUGCCUGGAGAGAGACUGGAAAUCUAUGUUCAGUCUAAGUUAGGCGAGAAAAAUCCUCAUGAUCCCUCAGAAAGUAUUCCAUGUACUUUCCCAGAACAACCAAAAGAGAAGCCAGGACCUAUUCCUACACAGGAUAUCAAGGAGGUUGUAAAUGAGGUAGACAGUGCAAACACCCAGCAUAAAGAUGAUGAUAGUGACAUGCCAUCUGGCACACUUGGGUUGUCAAGUAGUGGAAGUGGUGAUGCUACUGAGUCCCCAAAAUGGGUACCAAGGCUUACAAGACUGACCUCUUCAACCUACAACCUAAGACAUGCUCAUUCUCUGGACUCUUUGGAUACUACAAAAGUGAUUUCCGAAAAGGAAGUGGCACAAGGAAACCCAAUGCCAAAGGAAAAUGAAGCUUCAGAGAGUGGAGAUCCCUUAGAUGAGGAUGAUGUGGACACAGUGGUAGAUGACCAGCCAAAGUUUGUGGAAUGGUGUGCUGAGGAGGAGAACCAAGAGCUUAUUGCUAACUUCAAUGCCCAGUACGUGAGAGUCCAGAAGGGCUGGAUCCAGUUGGAGAAAGAAUCCCAGCCAACACCAAGAGCAAGGAACAAGUCAGAUAAACUAAAGGAGAUUUGGAAAAGCAAGAAAAGGUCACGGAAAUGUAGGGGUUCCCUAGAAGGUCAAAAGUUUUCUCCUGUUCAGAUGCUGUUUAUGACAAACUUUAAAUUAUCUAAUGUUUGUAAAUGGUUCUUAGAGACAACUGAAACCCGGUCUCUAGUAAUUGUGAAGAAGCUCAAUACUCGUCUUCCAGGAGACAUCCCCCCUGUCAAGCAUCCUCUUCAGAAGUACUCUCCUUCUAGCCUGUAUCCCAGUUCACUACAGGCUGAACGCUUGAAAAAACACUUGAAGAAAUUUCCUGGAGCUACUCCUGCUAGGAACAAUUGGAAAACACAGAAGCUCUGGGCUAAAUUUCGAGAGAAUCCUGACCAAGUGGAUCCAGAGAACGGCAGUGACAUCACCCUCAACCCCAAUUCGGAAGACAGCAUAGAGGAAGUCAAGGAAGGUAGAAAUAGCCAUCCUCCCACAAACUCACCCACUCCAGCCAGUACCCGGAUCCUUAGAAAAUAUUCCAAUAUUCGAGGAAAGCUCAGAGCCCAGCAACGUUUGAUCAAGAAUGAGAAAACGGAAAGCCCACUUGGUCUGGCUGUGGAAAAUAAACAGAGUUGUAAGAGUGUGUGCAUCAACCCUCUGAUGUCCCCCAAGCUUGCCCUGCAAGUGGAUGCAGAUGGGUUUCCCAUUAAGCCCAAGAGUACUGAUGGAAUGAAGGGGAGGAAAGGGAAGCAAAUGUCUGAAAUCUUGCCGAAAACAGAGGUUCAGAAUAAACGCAAGAGAACAGAAGGCGGCAGCACUCAGGACAGAAAGGACAAGGGGCCUGCAAUGAAAGCCAGCAAAGAAAAGCAUAUUGAUGGAUCUACCAAAACCCCUGCCGCCAAGAAGCCAACUGCAAAGGACAGAAUCAGCCAACUGCCCAGAAAGUCUUUGAAAGAGAAUAAAGUGAAGAUCCCUAAAAAGUCCCCUGGGAAGAGCUGCCCUCCCUCUAGGAAAGAAAAAGAGAAUACAAAUAAAAGAUCUACCCAGCCUACAGCCUCAGAGACAGUGACGAAACCUGCAAAGCAAAAAGGAGCAGGUGAAUCCUCUUCAAGACCACAGAAAGCCGCAAACAGGAAGCAGAGCAGUGGAAAGACUCGGGCCAGACCCUUGACAAAAACCCCAGAGAACAGUGCAGCCCAGAGAAAGCGAAAGCUGAAGGCCAAGCUGGACUCUUCCCACAGCAAACGGAGGCGGCUGGAUGCAAAGUGAUUGAGAGGGUGGUAGCCAAGAGUAAAACUGUUCUGUAGAAGUAACCCUUUAUUUUGCAUUAACUGAAUUCUGCUUUUAUAAGCUUAUCAAGCCUUUCAAAUCUGCAGUUAAUGGAGAACACCACAAUUUAAGAUGUCAGCAAAUGCGUCUCAGAUGGAGAAGGGAACUUGCAGAGUCUUUCUCUGAGGCUGAGUAAGGGAAGUUAUAUAUUAUAUUCUGGUUGUUCCUUGGGUUUUAAACUUGGAACUAAGCAGUUUUAGUUUUUAAAAGUACAGUGCCUUAUUUAUCCUUUUUGUUUUUAAAUUUACAGAAGCUAAAAAGCUGAUCUAUGUGAUUAAAGGCUUGUAUUUUAUACUUGAUGCACAAGCACUUGUACUGUAGCCGAGAAGACCACCAUCAUGCACAUAAAAGUAGCUUUUCAGCAGCCGCCCUGCAGUGUCUGUACGUGAACAGAUGCUCCUCUUUGCAAACCCCAGCAGUGAACUUCCCUCUCUGUCUUGUUUGUUUGUUUAAAUGAUAUUUGAAAGCUAAACCAAAUCAUUUUUAUGGUACAUGAAAAUGCAGAGGGAAUUUAUAAUUAUUAUAAAAGAUCAAUGUUUCUGUUAUCCCUUUUUAAAAAAUCAUUUUCAUUGUUGGUCACUUCUCUCACCUUUGAUCUUUUGUCAUUUGAAAAAAUGUAUUCCAAAUUAUGUGCACACGGGACAAAAGGUGUGUCACAAGGUGUUAGUAUUGGUUUAUGACCUCUAAAAGUUACUCACAUCCCCCGGAUUAUUUGCAUUACUGAUUCUUACCAUCCUUUUCAUGUUUGGCCUUGCAAGCUUGCUAGCACUCUGACAAGGUUUUCCUCCUACUUGGGGAGAAAAAGUCUAGGAUUAUUUUUUUCCUCUUGAGCUGUAAUUUGACAAUUAGGAUAAGAGUGACUGUUCUGAUAUUCUGUUUUACCCUGAGAACUUCCAUAUUCAAAGAAAGCCAAAAUAAUAUUUCCAGUAAUAGAAAAGUUUAAGAGUGUGUGUGUGCUUGUGUGUUUGGGUGCAUUUGCGUGUGGUUAUCAGCCACAAAUGUCUCCCAAUCCCAGUUCAGUUCUACAGGAGGGAAGUAAAAUUUUUCCUCCUUAUGCAGUGUGCUAGGAUGUUCAUGAGCUGCCUAAUUAGCACAUGCCGGAUGGUUUAAAUGUGGCCCAGGGUCUCUGUGAGCAUCCCUCAAACCACUUUGGCACCACACUCAGAAAAGUGUAAACAGCACAGAGUUAUGUAAAGGUCCAAACAAUUUUGCAGUUGGAGGAAGCAGCUCCAACAUUUCGUAGUGGGCCCUACACCCAGAGCUGAUGUUAGGCUGGCAUGUUCCAACGUGAACGUACAUGUUUAGAGUGGGCGUCCAUUCUCAUUGGUUAGCACCGUACUAGUAGUUAAUGCUUGUAGUAUUACUCCUGCCUCUAUCAUGUCGGGCUCUGUUCCAUGGCUCAAGAGUGAGAGCUGCAAUAUUUGCAACUGGUGUUGUUUGCCUUUCCCAAGUGAAGCCUGAGAUGAGUGUGUUGGCUUUGCCUUGGUGCCUAUAACAUUGCUCCAUUGUAAAACAGUGUGUACUCAACAUUUCCAUUGGGUCACUCUACAAAAAAGGCUUGGUUGUUAAACCCGCAACCACCUUCUCUAACAUGAUCUGUCACUGAAAUAGGUUUAUAUGGACAGCUGCUACACUGUCCUUCUUACUAAAAAUUUUUCAGUUUAGAUUCUUUCAGAUCUGUUUAGAUAAAUCCAGAUGGACUUUUUCUCAUGCAUUAGUUCAUUCUGAUCAUGAUAAAAACAGGCCUUCUACCCAUUCUGUUAAAUGUUUGCUGUAUAUAAUGACAACUUCUGAUGAUUGGAUCGGACUGGAGAAAAGUGUUUGAUUCAUGGGAAAUUGAGAAUUGUGUUGAAUUUCAUAGAUAGUGAAGCUUACUAUCUUCAAUGAAGCCUUGCUUUUUGUUUCCUUUUGUUUUUGUUUUUUUUGUAAUGUCUCCUCUAUCCCAUGAGUCUUUUUUUUUCUUUUUAAUAUCUUUGACUUUGGCCAUUCAAGAGCUACCUAUGUUAAUGAAACUGCUGAGUGUGUAUGUUGGCAACCCUUUCUCAGCAUUAAGUUGCACAGAAGCAUUAAUAUGUUUUGAGUGGGUUCAUUUAAUCUUUAAAAAGUGGUUUUAAAGUUUAAAAGAAAUCUUUUCAAAUAGUCGUCACUGGAUGUUGUUUUUGUGGUGACUUAAACAGCUGAGGUUUGCCGAUGUCAGGUGCGCUGAUUCCUGUACGUGUGUUCAAGGUGCCCCCUUAGCUGCAUAUAGACUACCUUGGAAGGAUGCUUGGAUCAGGUAAGGGGGAGGUGUGAGGCAGUGAGUUGGUGGAACUUUCCCAGUUUCAGGUUUAUAAUUCAUUCCAUUCCUUUUCGAAGUUCUUUUUCAUUUUUAAAAGCUUAUUUCAAGGUAAUAGCCUUCUCUCCCAUUCUAGGCAGCAUUUGAGAAUAGGUAUCAAUGUGUAUGUAUUUAUUUUAUACACCUCACAAUGCAAUGGAUCAUCUUUAAAAUCAACUUACACUUUAUGGUAGUGACUACAUUUAAAUAGACUGGGAUUCUACAUAAUUAGACACUUAAAAGUUUAGUCUUUUUUUUAUGUGUUGACCUCAUUUUUCAGUUAAUUCUGCUAAUAGAAGAAAGAAAAACUUGAGGGCCAACUCUAGAAGGCCCUUAGAGCCGAUGCUGGCAAGCCCGUCCCCUAGACACCUCCACGCCCAGGCCUCGUCUAAACUCAAGUCUCCCCUUGUUUUCCCUCUCUUGCAAAGACCUCCUUCCAGUAGCCAUCUUCAGUGUGACUUGCCACUAGAUGCAAAGGCAGUCUGUCCCACAUUCUGGAUUCCAAAUCGUAAAGGAGUUCUGCUCCUGGGCCUAUACUCAGUGCAGUGACUGUCGCAAUGUUGGAGCUGAAGUUGAUGACCAGAGAACACUGGUUUUACCUCUCAGCUUCCGGAGGAGCUGGAGAUGCCUGGGAAGCAAUCGCUGAAGCCUACUGUAGCUCCCCAGAGCUGGGCUGUCUUCAGGAGACCCAUUUUCUGUCUCCCAUUUUAUAUCCCAUGAGGCUCCCCGGUUUGGGAGGACAGCAUGGAGACAGCACCCCAGGUGGGGUCUGGAGUCCUGCUCCUAGCCCUUCUUCAGACACGCAGCAAUCUUGCAGCGCAGCAGGAAGCCAGGAACCUUUGUUCUGCUCUUGAGGCUUCCUACAUAGGAAUGGGAUUGGGGUCUGUCCAUCUGCAGUUACUCGUCCCUCAGAUCCCUUAGGUGGGCCCAUCCUGUGGUGUCUGUAUUUCCUUAAGCCUCCUGCACAAGCCUUAUCUAGAACAAUAAUCAGGCUGUGGGCUGUAUGCCUCACUGUCCCUGCAGGAGUACUGAUAGAUGAGGUGCAGUAAGUCAGCCCUUCACACACGUGGUGCUUCUGAUGGGAUCCUCUAUGCAUCACAUACUGUGCAGUUGAACUUCUCGCUCUUCAGAGAGGUCAUCAGUAAUUUGGUCAUCAGUAAUUUGAAUUGAAAUUUGGGCUCUUUCCUGCCUUGUGAUGGAUUCUGUGGUGAGGGCUAAAGCUGUCACUCUCAUUUAUGGGCAGCGUUCCUAUUGAUUAGUGGACCUAAGAGCCAAGUAGGAAAAGACAACAUGCUAUGCGAUACAAGCUGGAGAUGCUAUAGUGUCACCAUCACAUGUGUGGCGUCUCGUCAAUGCAUCUGGCACCAGGCUGGAAUUUCCCAAGGCACUGGCCCACAGAGCCACAACUGCUCCUUUUGAUUUUAGGUCAGUUGUGCGGGCUAUCUUUUGGCUUGCAGACUGGGCUGGUCACUCUUUUGUAAAUAAAAUUUUGUUGGGACAUGGCCACCCUCGAUUGUGUAUGUAUUGUCUCUGGCCACUUUCUAGCAGAAUCGAGUAUCUGCAACCGAGACCGUAUGGCCCACAAAAGUUUGCUGACCCCUGCUUGAGAAAAUAAUCCUUUUUCAGGAACAAAUCUUCCCUGAUUCAUCUUCUCCUUUCUUCUGUCUCUUCCUCUCUGUGCUCCUCUUUUCUUCUCCUUCUUCCUUAUCUUACCUCAGUUUUGUGCUUCCUGUUACAUUUCUUUAUUUCUGCUUGCUAGAAAAGAGACACAUUGGAUUGCUCUAGCACAUCGAAUACCGUCUCCUGAAAGCGGAGCUACCUUAGCCUCACAUCCUCCUUCUAGAAUCACCCAAGUCAUUUGGCUGUGAUCAACAGCCAAAAUGAGGCCACCUUGGGUACUUUGAGGAGAGUGUCCUUGCUCCUGCUUUUGCCCUAGAAUUGAGCCAAAGCUGGUCAGUUCCUUCCAUUAUGUCCUCUCAGUCUGAUCUUCCUUUUCCCAGAGCCCACAUGGCUUCCGCUCAGUGCUCAGGAAGCAUCCUUUGCUCUGUCCUUCAGAGAGGGGCCAUUAUGCAGUUAUGCUCAUCUGGUGAGCACAGUGACACACAGGCUUUCUCACCUGCCCGGGACCAUUCCACUUAACAUAAGGUGCUCAGUAGGCAAGCCACAUGGAAGUAUAAACUGCCCAUUAAAAAAUAAAAUUGGUGCUCAGAGUUUUAUAAUGUGCCAGAGGUUGGAGGAAUGCAUUUUACCUUUUUUUUAAAAGGAUUAUGUUCAUAUAUAUAUAUAUAUAUAUAUAUAUAUAUAUAUAUAUAUAUAAAACAGAAACCAUAUGUGGCUCACACAGCCUAAAAUAAAAAAUAUUUACUACCUGGCCCUUUACAGAAAAGGUUUAUGGACCCUUGCAAUAUGUCAUUCAAGAUCAAAUUGUAUGGACAGUUAGGCACAAACGUAUUUUUUCAGGUAGUCCAGAAUUGCAACAUUUCUUUCCUUUUAGAUUUUAGGGAAUCGUCCCUGUUCGUCUCAGCACACAGCUGCUGUUGCACCUUAUUUGUGAGUAAUGCUUGUGCAUUAAAGAAAAAGAAAAUAUCCCUCCUUUGUUGAUUGAAUAUUUGUUGAAUCAUGGACAUAGAAUCUCACAUAACUACUUAUCCUAUUAGGAUAAGUAGUUAAAACUAAAAGUAGUAGUCUUCUUCAUCUUUAUGAAUUAGAGUAAACUUGACUCUUGUGGAGAGACGGUCCUCUAUGGCAGUGCUCAAGCUAAAUGGAUGUACUGAUGACCCCAGUGCCUCUCCCGGCAAGCACAGGGCGGGUGCUUUUACCCCUUGAGCCCCUUUACGUUUUCAAGUACAGUAUAUUUGCAAGUUUGUCACUCCCCACGCUUCAUUCAUUACUUGUGAACGUAAGUGGCUGGUCUUUGCCUGUUUGAACCUCCAAGCCAGACCACCUAUUCUCAGCUCUUUUAAAAAUACCAGCACGUCGCUGGCACCCCGUCAGCACACCAGCAGCUUUAGACUGAGGAAGUUCAGAGCGCUCUUGCCUGGCCCGGGAAGCUCGGCCCUGGUCAGGCCUCACUGACCUCAUUUGGAGGAGCCACCCUUGGCACUUUGCCUCUUCCCGCUUCGGCUUCUGCCACCAGCUCCCUGGCGGCAUCCUCUCUGGAAGAGUCCUGCCUCCCAAGUGCUUCACUGAACACACAUAUGUCAGAAGCAUUUCUCUUUUCACCACUCUUUAGUUUUCUUGUAGUAUUUAGCCAUUGGGUCCAAAUGAUACUCGAUUUAUCAACUUUUUCACCCGAAUUGCUUUCUGUAAUCUGUGCCUCAUGUUGUCUUAUAGCUGAAGCUGUAGCAUUUGGGAGCUAGUUUGUGGAAAAGAUGCUAUACAAACAAGAUUUGCAUAAUUUUGUAUCUUUAUACGACAGGUAGGGGUUAGUUUUAGAGCCACUGUAGCUUAAGGUUGUUAGUUUCACUGGUGGUUUCUGCAUUCUCUGUCGCUCCAGGGAACUGGUUUCAAAUACAUAUAUAUAAUACAUAUUUAUACACACCACUGUGGAAUUUAUUUCACUGUGUAAGUAAUAUUUUCCUCUUCAAUUGUUCAAAUGCUUCCACAGAAAGUAUUUAUUUUAACAAAAAAAUUAAUUGUCAAAGGGCUUUCCAAAAAAGUGUUCUUUCUAGCCACUCUUCUCCUCAACUACCAUGCUCAGCCAUUGAACCCCCAAACACCACAGUGAAGGCAGAAGGGCGAGGCCUGGAAACCCUCACUGUAUUUGGGCAGAUGCAAUGUGGAUUGGGAACCUGAGCACAUCCCACCACUGUCACCCCAUCCCAGAACAAAGUGGGUCUCCCAUAGUCGGUAUGGCUGUGCCAGGCAUGGCAUGGGGACCUGCCUCACGCAGCCCGCUUUUUGCAUGCACAGUUGGUACAUUCAACUGUACACUUCAACAGGCUGUGCAGGGAAAUGAGCCUUAGUUGUAACCCCAAGGAAAUCCAAACCCAUGCCUGUGGGAGAUGGAGAAACCGCUGGUUGCCUAAAGAAAGCAUUAAGAUUAUGUUAGUCUUUCUCAUGUUUGUGAAAGACACUAGUCUCACUGUCAUUACCAUGGGAGAUAAGCAUGUUUCCUUCUGCACCUUGACCAUACUCCUGAGCACCUCAGCUCACCUCCCCCCACCCCGUCUCAGCAAGCAUCUGUGCAGGUGGGGGCCAGCCCCCCAACCGAAGGUUACAGAAGGAGACCAUCUGUUCUAAGAUGUGUGCAGCUUUACUUCUCAGGAGUCCUGGUCGGCAGUUCAGAGCACCCCUAGAUGUAACAGAACUGAUGCUUUAUGGUCAUGUUCCUCUUCCCUGUGCCCCAUUCCUGGGCACCCCUGUCCAAGUCAUGACUCUCAUUCUGCCCAGCUGGCUGGACUGAGAACUGCAGCUCCAGGACUGCAGCGAGCUGGCACCCGACACACAGGGAUUUUGUCAUCCGUUGAACCAUAAUUUGCAUAUUUACUUAUGGCCUCCCUUUGUCUUUUCUGAACAAGUGAGGAGGACACUUGAACAGUAAUGCUGGAGAAUGUUUUUUCUAAGAUACUAUUUGUAAGCAAAUCUGAUUUUAAGAUGAAAUGUGAAUGGGUAACUAGGUGCCAGGGAAUUUAGCACUGAACUAGACAGUCAAAACUUUUUUAACCUUUGCAGGAAGAAAUAAAUUUUGCUCUCAUCUAAGUGUUCACAAGAAGUAAUGUUGUAAAUAGUUUUUAAAAAUAUUUAUUACAUGUGCUGUAUACAGAUUCAUGUUCUGAGUGAUGUUGGUUCGCAUUGUAGUAUUAUAGAGGAAUAUAUUUUGAGCAGUGGACUUCCUUUCAUGACACAGUUCACACAUGGAGAAAACAAAAACCAGCAGGUUGAGAGCUGUUUGGGGCCUUUGAUCUGUAAAGUUACAUCAAAUCCAAGCUUUAAUUGCCCCUCUUCUCAUCUGGUUAUGUUAUAUAUUAUAUAUAUACGUAUGUAUGAUAAACUGGUCAGUGGUCAGUCCCCAGAUCUGCAGAGCAGAUUUCCAGGUGUUCUCUCUGAAGUGUUGCCCAUAAGCAAUAAGAUCCUAGGUAAUAACCUUUAUUCUGGGCUCCGUGUUGGCCCUUGUCUCAGAGGAUAGGGUGGGGGUAGAGCAGCUCUUGCUAAGACCUCUUGCCUUUGCUGGAGAGGUUGCUGUACUUGAAUUUUUGCUUCUGUUUGUCUGCACGCUCUUUCAUGUAAUCCAACUCUAACAAUGGAUGAGAAAUCUGCCAGCCCCAGACACAUCAAAAAUUGGGCAUAGAGAUUGAAAAAUUAUCAAUUUUCUAUAGAUUUGUAGGGUUUUCAGAAUCUAGUUGAGGCAAAGCUCAUUUGGCUGUAAAGUAAAUGUAAGAAGUUUUUACAUUAGAAAUUUAAAUAGCCAAUUAAAAGUCCUUUGACUAUAUCUGACCUGCAUUUGAAAGCUAGCCCAUUUCCUGUAAUCCGUCUCUGUGCCUGGGUUUGAAAUGUCUGAAGCCCCCUUCAUGUCUGGGAUUAAACCAUUGAGGUCAGUGCAAAGAGGGCAGUUGCCCCUCCGAGUCUCCCAGCGUGUCCAGUUCAACAGGUUUCUAAGCUGUUUAGCAGCCUCUCCUUGUGACCGUCCUAAACUUUAUGAAAAAUACCCCACACCCAAAUAACCAUGAAUAGAAUAAUGUAGUUUUUUAGACUUUUGGACUAUGUCUUCUCUUUUGUAUUUAUGAUGGUGUUUGGAAUUUUUCACUAGUGUUUUUUUAGAUUGAAGUGGAUGCAUUAGGAUAAAACUUUCCAUUGCUGAGCCUGAAAGCAAGCAAGAGGAAAGAAACUGACCUAUAUUGUGUCAUUGGGAAGGUGACUACUUCUUGUGGUGGUGGGAGGGCGGGGAGGGGGCGUCAUAGGUUAUGUGGGGGUAAAAUAGAAUUCUGGCCUGAGGCUCCCCAAGUCUUAUUACCUUGUAAUAAAGAAUCCCCUUAUUAGCCUCACUUAAUCUCAAUAGAAGCCUGCUGUUUACCCUCAGGGAACAAGUAGUUUUCAAAAUUGAGCUCCUCCAAGGUCAUUGGCCAGUGCCUGUCUGCAGACAUUGGUCAUCUUUGUGAACUCAUGGCAUUAUUUUCCCGUAUGCAUUAUGAUAUUAAGAAAUUCAACCCUAACCUGUAUGAAAAGCACAGCCCAGGGUCCUACUUCAGGCUAGAGUUAAUGCCUUUGAGGGGCCAGGGGGUCGUAGGAGGCCCAUGCAAUUUAACUGAAGCUCAGGUGCCGUGUUGGAUUUUUAUUCUUUUUAGGCCACCACCUUUCAGAAUGAGUUUAGGGGCUGCUGAUCCGGCUGUGGAUCCAGGGAGCUCUAAGAUGAAUCUCUACCGUUCCUUUAAAGGUCUUUCUGGUUCCUCCCAGUGUUGUCCUUGCCGAGGUCAAUCUCGUAGUUGUUCAGAUGUGCUCCUUUUUACUGUCUUGUGAGUCUUAGCCAGUGAUCCAGAUGCCCAAGGAGACAGUCUCUGGAGGGCCUAGCCCCUUCCAGGUGCCAAGAUGUGCUCCUGGCCUGUGUGAAGGUGGUCUUUCCAAAAGCAGGGAAAUGAGAAAUUCUGCAAAUGGUAAUCCAGAUGAUCAGCGUGUCUCUCUUGGGCCUGGAUUUCCACUGUGUUAGUGAGUGUAGGAAAAUACUGUGUCUUUAAUGGAUGAAAAUUCAAUGUAUGCUGUGAAUUUGUUGGUUUGAAACAUUGAAAGUUUUUCAUUAGACAAUGUUUACAUACCUCACCUGAAGAACCUUUGAGAGUGUAUAUAUGAAAUUUAAAAAUAUAUUAAGUUGCUUUAAAACCAUAUGUAUAGCUAUAAAAGUUGGAGUUAUUUUAACUUUGAAUAUGUACCAAGUCUCUUAAAUAUUGAAAUCUUGUGGACUUUUUGUGCUCCUGUGUUUUACUUUCCUAUUAGGCCAUGUAGGAAACUGUGUUCUUGUUCUUGGUGAAGGGGCCCUCGCUGAAAUCCAAGCUUGGAAGGAUUUCCUCUGUUGUUCUGGAUUUUCUUGUUUGGUUUUGAGGGAUGGGGGAUGGAGCUAGAGGAUGUGUGGGAGGGAUUUCUCUAACAUUGACAUCUAUUCCAUGAGCUUUUUCUAGGCGCUUAUUU